UUAUUUAUAAUUUAUAAUUAAAAAUGUAAAUAUUAAUGUAUAAAUCGAUGUGCUCAAUUAAUAACAAUUCCCGCUGAAUACAAUUAUAUAAUUUUCUUCUUAUUAUCAAUAAUAUUUAUUAAAUUUUGGAAGUUUGUAGUAUCAAUGUAAUUGCAAAAUGAUUAUGAGACAAUACUAUUCAUAAUUUAAUCUAUUUUAAAACAUUGCAUGGGUCUAACAAGAUUCACAAAUAAUAGUUAAAUAACAGCCCAAGUUUUCUAUUAUACUUACUGAAUUUAAUUCAAUAUGAAUGGAAAGAACUAUCCAGUUGUAUCAAAACAGAUGCUUCUAAAAAGCAGCUUAGAGGUUUGCGAGUUUUGCGAAGAAGCCUUUACGAACAGGUAUGACAGCUUAAUACAUAAUGCAACUCACAUAAUAAUACCAAUAAUUAGGCAAAACCUUGUUGUGUGCAGCAAGUGUGAUUACGAGUGUGCAUCACAAAAUGACCUCCAUCAACAUAUUAUUACUGAACAUCCUUUGAUUAUAAAAACUGAAAAACUAAAUUUAUGGGACAUUAAAGAGGAGAAUCAUGCCAUAGAUCAAAAACUUCCAGAAAAUGACGAUGUUGAGGAAGUUAAGUUUAUAAGUAAUAACAAUUUAAUUGAAAUACAAGAAGAUGACUGUUCCGAGGCCGGCUCCGACUUAAUCAUCACAAACGAAAGCAAUUCUAGUCUAGAUGAUAUUAUUGAGAUAGUAGAAACAAUUAGCAGUCCAGCCAGCAAAAAAAUGCCAUCUUUCAAAGACAGACUGGUGUUUGAAAGUGAUGAUGACGUAGACACAUUAUCAGACUCAGGUUGUGUAGAAGAGUACCAACCUACAAUGCUGGAUAAUACAGCUACAAAGCUCUCCUUUGAUUUUAAUGUUACCAGAAGUGUGCCAGAACUUGCAAAUAAAGUUGAUUCACCAUUAAUGUUCAAAAUUGUUAACCAGAAUGCAGAAAUAUUACCCGAUGAGUAUAAUUACCAUAGUUUGAUGAGACCAAACACAUUAUUCUGUAGAUAUUGCUCAGCUAUGUUUCUAGAGAGGUUUACUUUAAUAGUACACGAGCAGAAACAUAUAAAAUUUAAAAAUAAAAUAAUGGGCAUGCUGUGCUUGCACUGCGAUAAGUACAUAGCGGGCAACUACACCCACCUCUCCAAGCACAUUGACGCCAAACACAGUAAAGAUAAAUACAAGGUGUACUGUACUAGUGUGUGUAAGAAGUGCGGCCUGCAGUAUCGAAGCUACAAGCAUCACAUACACAACUAUCACUUUACAAAGUGUUGCAAUAUCAACAAGUUUGUGACCGACAACCACUUCAAGAACCACCUGGACAAGUGUCUCUGCCACACGCACGUCCUGUCCGUGUGUCCGCCGUGCAACAUAGCUUUAAAGGAGGACAACAAUUUCAAGUGCAUGACUCUAGGCAUUAAACAUUUGAAAGGGGUGCUACAGGAGUGUAAGAAGUGUAAUAGAAAAGUAAACGAAAUAAUAAGUGUAAAACUGAGCUGCAAAAUACAAUCUCAAUAUCAGUGUUGGUACGUUCAAGACAAACCGCUUUCUAAUAAGGAUAGGUUGAAAAAUAUAAGGAUGAGGUUAAAGAAAUUAAAUAUAUUGAGUAAAAUGUAUUGUUUUGUUUUAAUCUUUGUUGAUAAUAACAACCUAGUAUUAAACUAG